AUGGCAUCCGCAGUAACGCGGAUAUCGUGUGAUAAAUCGCAUCCUGGCAGUUUGCCGCACCGUCGACCGAGCACAUUAAGUAACUUAGGCAUCGAUACUUCUGAAGAACCAAGUUCUUCUUCAACUCAUGUUGAACAGCCCCUCAAAAAUCCUAUCCAGAGUAUUCUCCAUCCAGAUGUGCUGGUUGUAAGCAAUCUAACCGACGACGAGAUCAAAUAUUUAACAGGACAUUCGAAAAACGAGUUUAACGUCAUUUUUGACUUCGUUUUGUCAGAGCACAUUAACGUCGUUUGGCCUUAUCAGAGUCUUCCUUUGAAAGAGCAAUUAUUAAUGACACUGAUGAAAUAUCGACUAAAUUAUGAUUUUAUAUUCUUGGGUACUGUUUUCAAAAUAAGUCAUAAAGCAGUUUCUACAGUAUUUCGACAUUGGACACAUCUGUUGUACGGUGCGUUUUCUACAGUCAAUUUUUGGAAAACCAGAGCAAAAGCUGAGGAGUUGUAUACAGUUAUACUUGAUUGCACAGAAAUUGCAAUAGAAAAACCUACCUUACCUGAAAAACAGCAAGCCACAUGGUCAUCCUACAAAAAUUGCAACACCUUCAAGGGAUUAGUUGGAAUCGAUGAAGCUGGAACUGUAAUCUUUGUAUCCGAUCUUUUUGGUGGCGCUGCUUCAGACGAUGUCAUCGUUGCAAGAUCUAGUGUUCUUGAUCUGUUGGCCGAAGGGGAUUAUAUACUGGCAGAUCGAGGAUUUGAAGCAACCGACGCACUAGCAGAAAAAGGAAUUAUACUGAAUAAACCCCCAAAGAAGAAAGGAGAACAAAUGAGCGAAGAAGAUGUCGCACGCACUAGAGCCUUAGCAUCAAGGAGGGUGAAUGUAGAACGAAUAAUUGGAUUAGUGAAAAAAAACCGAAUUUUAACACAGAAGGUUCCACACCAUUUAUUUGAUGUUAUUUCUAGAAUCUUUAGGCUACUGUUUAUGUUGGUAAACAUUAAACCAUCCAUAUGCCAAUCAAUCGAUCCCAUUUGCAAAUGUAAGAAAAAUUAAUAAUAAUAAAAAGGAAAAUUAAUAACAGGUGAACUAUGCAAAGGCUGAAAGCCUCUAUAGUAAAGAAAAAAAGAAAAGAAAUAAAUUAAAAACAAAUUGCGAUGGGUGGUGCCAUUCACUA